AUGGCCUUUUCGUACACAUCCAAAGAGCUCAUGGCUCACGUCGCACGGUACCUUCCCAAGUGGCUCGCUCUUCUGGACCAUUCUCACGAGCUCAUAUCCAGAUUCGUAGCGCACGUCUCCAACCCCUUCAACCUCUCAUACCAAUCCCGCGAAAACAUGCUCGAACUCAUCGAGCUCGUGUCCGACUGGCUCAACCUCGUCAACAUGGCGUUCCUGCAGGAAGACCGCGCGGAAAUCCUCUUCAAGGCCCUUUUCUCGGGCAUGGUAGCGCUCGUGGCUUUUGGCACCUGUGGCUGCGUCCUCGGUCGCUUCCUCUCCCGUCUACUGAACCUGCUGGAGACGCUGGUCAAGAUCCUGUUCCUGCUGGCGAAGGAGCUGGUCAGGCCGUUUGUGUGGGCCAUGACGUUCGGCGCUGUUGGUUUUCUCUACAUCGCGGGGAAUGUACUGUUGGUUCAUGGCCAGUCUGUUUGUGAGGGUGAUGAGCUUUGGUACUAUCGGUAUGCCGGGAAGCACGAAUGAUGCCCUCGGAUCUUUGUGGGUCUUGCUUACUUGAGGCAUGAGUGAUGUUGGAGGUAGCAAAUGGUGCGAGUGUUCUUCACCACCGGUACGAACC